CGUUUCCGCCCGGGAGCCCAGGCGCACACGCACCAUGGCUAAAGCCCGGGAGAAGAGCGGUGGGAGCUCCAAGAAAGGGCUGAAACGGAAAGCUGCUAGCGAAGAACCACAGGAGGCUGCCGUCGCUGAGGAUGGAGCGACGGAAAGCGGGGUUCAACCCCCGAAAGCGGCUUCCUUCCCGCCAGGCUUCAGUAUUUCGGAGAUUAAGAACAAACAGCGACGGCACUUGAUGUUCACGCGGUGGAAACAGCAACAGCGGAAAGAAAAGCUGGCAGCUAAGAAGAAACUUAAAAAAGAGAGAGAGGCUCUUGGUGAUAAAGCUCCACCAAAGCCUGUCCCCAAGACUAUUGACAACCAGCGAGUGUAUGAUGAAACUGUGGUAGACCCUAAUGAUGAAGAGGUUGCCUAUGAUGAAGCUACAGAUGAAUUUGCUUCUUACUUCAACAGAGAGACUUCUCCCAAGAUUCUUAUCACAACAUCAGAUAGACCUCACGGGAGAACUGUAAGGCUUUGUAAUCAGCUCUCCACAGUCAUACCGAACUCACAUGUUUAUUAUCGAAGAGGACUGGCUCUCAAGAAAAUUAUUCCACAGUGCAUCUCAAGAGAUUUCACAGAUCUCAUUGUUAUUAAUGAAGAUCGUAAAACACCAAAUGGAUUAAUUUUGAGUCACUUACCAAAUGGCCCAACUGCUCAUUUUAAGAUGAGCAGUGUCCGUCUGCGUAAAGAGAUUAAGAGGAGAGGCAAGGAUCCCACAGAACACAUACCUGAAAUCAUUCUGAAUAAUUUUACAACACGGCUUGGUCAUUCUGUUGGACGUAUGUUUGCAUCCCUAUUUCCCCAUAACCCUCAGUUUAUUGGAAGGCAGGUUGCUACAUUUCACAAUCAGCGUGAUUAUAUCUUCUUCAGAUUUCACAGAUAUAUAUUCAGGAGUGAGAAGAAAGUGGGAAUUCAAGAACUUGGACCACGUUUCACCUUAAAAUUAAGAUCUCUUCAGAAAGGGACCUUUGAUUCUAAAUAUGGAGAAUAUGAAUGGGUCCAUAAGCCUCGAGAAAUGGAUACAAGUAGAAGAAAAUUCCACUUGUGAAGUACUGGGGAAACAACUGGAUUUUGCUGAAGAGAUCUACUUUAAAUUUAUGGCCGAAGGUUCUUUCCGAAGAAGCAUUUAUAGGUUUUAUAUAAACUUUUCAGGUCAGGAAAAAUCAUCAGUGCAAUGCAUUGCCGGUGUUUACACAACAAAUAAAAGUCUUUGGUGAGGCUCUAGAA